AUGUCGGCGCCAAAGGCAGCCGGGAUUUCCAAGACUGUCGCACUCGAUGGCGAGGCCGACAAGUCUAACGGGAAGCUUCACAAACGUUCGCGAUCAGGCUGCUUUACAUGUCGUUUACGACGGAAAAAGUGCGAUGAAGGACACCCCACCUGUAAGGCAUGCGCGAACUUGUGCCUGAAAUGCGAAUAUAAGCGACCAAUGUGGUGGGCGAGCGCCGAACAGCGCCGUCAACAGAAGGAGCGCGUAAAAAACAAGAUCAAGCAGACUAAGACAAUUGAGAAACGCGGAUCAAACCAAGAAGACCAUGGCUCAUCCUCUGUGUCGCCGCCAAUGGCAGGAACAUAUGACUCCAACCGGCAGACUUACACAGAUGUCUACGAUCCUUACGCAUCGCAUUCUCACACGCCCGGGUUCCCGCCCGCUGCCUACACCCAACAAUAUGCACCUUAUGAAGUUGACGUCCGGACCGAGCGACAGACCUUCGUCAACGACGUGCCUUUCAGGCAUGACUCUUCUAUCUCUACAUUUAGCGCAAUGGGGCCUCCACAACUUCACAACACUCUGCCGAAUUUCCAUGGUGAUGACUGGUUACAAGAAGAAUGCUUCAAUCAAGUUGGACCCUUUGGCCCGCUGGAUCCUUCCAUCCCCCAACAGCACAUUGAUGCUUCCGCAACCUACCUGCACACUGCUGCCAUUCCCGUUGAAGAACAUGACCGACCUCUUUUGGAUCAUUUCAUCGAGAAUGUACUAAGAAUGAUCUUCCCUAUUUUAGAGGUUCACCAACAAGGCCCAGCACGCGCAAAGACAAUUUUGACUGCACUUGAAACCAACAAGUCUUACCUACACUGCUGUUUGAGCGUGGCUGCCAUCCAUCUAAAAUCUACAGUUGGUCUUGCCGCCGAACAAAUCGAUCAUGAUAUUAUGCGACAUCGUUAUGAAGCGAUUGCCCAGUUAUGUCAAGCUCUCAACCAAGAUACCGACCACGAGCAAAUUCUAGAUGCGACGUUGGCUAUGAUCUUCUUCCACUGCUCCGUGGGUGCCCCUGAUGACUGCCUUCCGGAUAUUCCGUGGAACGACCAUUUCCAGGCUGUAUCAAAUUUGGUGAACAGGCUGGAAAUGCCAAGUGCUAUUGCAGCCCCGGGGGUACCAGCUUCAUCUGCUUCACCUUUUAGUAUGUCUUUGACUGCAUGGAUUGAUAUUCUUGGUGCCACAAUGAUUGGAAAAACCCCGCAGUUCGCCCACAAUUAUCGAACUAAACAUCUCAGCGGAACCUCCACUGGUUUGCGCGAGCUGAUGGGAUGCGAUGAUCGGAUCAUGUACCUUAUUUCCGAAAUUGCCUGCUUGGAUUCCCUAAAAGCCGAAGGCCGAGUUGAUGACAUUACCGUGUGCCACCACGUCUCCGCCCUCGGUGCCCAACUGGAAUACACAGAGCCCGCAGACCCAACUCUGGCGCACCCUUAUGCGUGCACAGGAGCAAUUUUGCCUGACCAACUGACCAAGAACAUGAGCGCUAUCUUCCGCUUUGCAGCUCGCCUCUACCUCUGCAGCAUUGUACCUGGAUUUGACCGCAAUCAACCUGGCGUUUUUUCCCUCAUCUCUAGCAUCACAACUGCUCUACAAUUCAUUCCUGCUGGUCCUUAUGGAUUUGAUCGCUCGCUUGUCUGGCCUUUGCUUAUGGCCGGCAGCUUUUCAACACCUGACAGCGACUUCCGCAGCGUUUUUGCUGAGCGUGCAGCGGCGCUUGGGGAGAUAGGCGAUUUUGGUAGCUUCAGUCGCAUGUACCGCUUGCUUCAGGAGGUUUGGAGACUUUCCGAUGAGGUAGAGCCAUCCAUGGGUAGUGAAGAGCAGUCUCAGACUCACGCCCCCGGCUUCAAGGAAGAGCAAACUCUGGGUACUGCUGUCACUGGGAUGCGAUCAAUCAAAAAGCAAAGCACCCACUGGCGCGAUAUCAUGGGUCGUAAUGACUGGCGAUACUUGUUGAUAUAA